CUCAAAGUGUCCAGAAAACCCAAACUGAAACUCAAAUCUUUUGCAUCAGCAUCAAUGGCUUCUUCCAAUCCAAAGGUUUUCUUUGACAUGACAAUCGGCGGCCAAUCCGUCGGCCGGAUCGUUAUGGAGCUUUACGCGGACACCACUCCUAUAACGGCUGAGAACUUCAGGGCACUCUGCACCGGCGAGAAGGGCACUGGUCGCUCUGGUAAGCCCCUACACUACAAGGGUUCGGCCUUCCACCGGGUGAUCCCGGGAUUUAUGUGCCAGGGUGGUGACUUCACCGCCGGGAACGGUACAGGCGGAGAGUCCAUUUACGGGGCGAAGUUCGCAGACGAGAACUUCAACAGGAAGCACACCGGCCCCGGCGUCCUGUCCAUGGCCAAUGCGGGUCCCGGCACCAACGGAUCACAGUUCUUCGUAUGCACUGAGAAGACGGAGUGGCUGGACGGGAAGCACGUGGUGUUCGGGCAGGUGGUUGAGGGGAUGGACGUGGUGAGGGCAAUAGAGAAGGUAGGAUCGAGCUCCGGAAAGACCUCAAAGCCCGUGGUCAUUGCUGACUGUGGUCAACUCUAGAUCUGAUGUCUACUAUAAAUCCAGUAAUAAUCUAAUGUUUUGUUUGUAGUUCAUCUAUGGGGAUGGUGUCGUUUAACUUGUUGUAGUGUCGUUGAAUUCCAUGGUGUCAUGUUCAUGGUUAUGGUUUUGGUGGGUUUUUAUGAUCCAUUCCAGACUUCUUAUAUUUUAUUUUGUGAUAAAAUAAAUAUUAGUAUGAAUUAGACAA